CGCUUGCAACCUUAAGUGACGAGGACCAGCUAAAUGUCCGGGGAUUCCCCUGGUGCAGGUGCAUGACAUAAUUAUUUUCUCACACCGCUAAUCAAAAAUCACCUUACUGGCGCUUACAGCUUUCCCGCCUAUUUUCUAACCGCCACUAUCUAAAUGUUCGUCUCUCCCAGGCCGGCCAUAUCUGCUCAUAUGCUAGCCCUACAAGUAGGGCUGUAGUGGCUCUCUUUUACAAUCUGUCUCUUAACUGGUGGCGGUUAGCUUCACGCUUGGAAUAAUGCUGGAGUUCGGAGCGUGAAAUGAACUUUUUUGAACAUCAGUGGAUCCUAUAUUCUUGCAGAAGGACGAUAUUUAAUCAAUCUUCCUUCUGGUGAUUAACUGCGUGGAGUGAUGAAAGUGAACAUGUUCGGGAUCUCGUACUGUGUGGGCCCCACACAUAGGUUUAUGUACACAAAUUUAUACGCGCGGGAAGUUGUGUACAGUUUGUAAUGCAAUUGUGGCUUUUGCCAUUGAAAUAAGUUAAAAACUUGAGCUUACUCGGGCGUAGGAAACUGUCUACUACAUAACCUACCUGUACCACCUACCAAAAUAUUACAAGAAAGGUGCAUGAUCAGAUGGAAGAGCCAGGCUAUAAUAUAAUCGACGAAUCCGACUUGAAAUACGGUAAGCUAUUAAGUUCAAGCGAGGGCAGAAAUUCAGUGUACAAAGCAGAAUGGAGUCCUAAAGGAUACCCUACCCAGCAGGUCACUGCAAAGAGCUGCAUUCGAUUUCGAGAGGAGGAAGCCAGAAUUCUGGCUAAGCUGUGCCACAAAAAUGUCAUCAAGUUUUGGGGAGUCGUAAAGUGCAAGAUCCCUCCAGAUCAUUGUGUCAUUGUUGCUGAAUAUGCUGAGAAAGGAUCACUGUACAACAUAAUCUCUAAAAACUGGCCACUAGUUAGCAAAGAUCUGUGCAUGAAAUGGGCUCAGGAGGGUGCAGAGGCCUUAAGCUACAUUCAUCGAAUGAAGUACCAGCACGGGGAUGUGAAGUCCCCAAAUUUCGUCCUUUCAAGAGAUGACACUCUAAAGAUAAUUGACUUUGGAACAGCCAGGGAACAUGUUUAUACAGUUUCAACCAAUACUCACAGAGGAUCAUUUCCCUGGAUGGCACCAGAGGUCAUGGGCAUUGUUCAUGAUCAUGAAAAAAGGAAUGCCAGACCUAAAGUUACAACCAAGGCAGAUGUUUUCUCCUAUGCUGUAGUUAUGUGGGAAAUGAUUACUGGCAAGAUUCCCCAUGCAGGGAAGCUUAUGCUUGAAAUUUAUGUUGCAGUUGUUCAAAACAAAGAAAAACUUGAAAUACCCAAAGACUGUCCGGAAGGGUGGGCAUGCCUCUUAAGGAGUUGCUGGAAUCCAGAUUACAAGCAGAGACCCACGAUGGAGCAGGUGCUAGAAACUCUUGUCGGUCUGAAGAGAGAUUCAAAGUCCUUGAUAUUGACAGUAGGAGAUGAAGAUACACUAUUUGUCAGUCCAAGGAAGAAGGUGAAGUCUGCAGAACGUGAUGAUGUCAAAGAUUCAGCUGACGUCGCCAACAAGGAAAUUGAGGAGGGAUAUCAGAGACCUGGCAAACAAGAGGAGAGACCAUUGCCUUUCCAUUGUGUUGCUGAUACAACUUCUGUACCUCCCGGCGAUCGAAUCCUGAUAGCAGAGCUGAACUUGUCCUUGUAUGUCAGGAAAGGAAAGAUGCGUCCAUGGCAUCUCAAGGUGUGGAGGCAUCACGUAUUUGAAAGCAUUCCACUACCCACACAGACAGGCGGGUACUUUUUCAAAGGCAAACUGAGAGAUGAAAGUGGAGUGCCAAUCUACUUCAUUUGCUUCGAAAGAACCUUUGAGAAAUGUAGGGAUCGCUUUGAUAUGAUAACGAACAGUGGAAAAGACAGACCACUGUACAUGCAGUAUGUAACUGUCCUGGAACAGGAUGAGGGGUAUGGAGGACCGGAAAAUGGGGAAAGUGAAUAUAAACUGAAAAUAGAUGAACAUUCAGAAAUUUGGUGGGCUUAAUGUAACUGUGAAUCUCUGUGAAGUCAGAAGGCAACCUAAUGUGGGGCCUGAACCUGCCCCAUGGAAUGAUGGACUUCUUCUUUACUAAAUGAGCUACAUGUAUGUUGAGACGUCAGUUGCUGGAAUUCUCAAAGUGUCAGUGUCUUUACCUUAGGGAUCAGUAGAAAUGAAGAUGAAACCUGCUUUCUCGGUUCCCAAACCGCAAAGCUAGGUUCUAGAAUAAGCAUUUAUAAAGUGAAAUCACUUAGUUCAGAGAUCAUUUGAAAAGAAAAUCUACUCCAAGCACAAACUCAAAUGAAAUUAAGUCUUGAGUUAGCACAUGAUUGAAUGAUUUACUCCCUGUUUUUUUAGGAGUGAAUUUUUGCUCUUUAAAGUUUAGAAAGUGCGUGCCAUUUGCGGUCAGAAAUUGUGCCAACAGUCAACUGUCGUCGCUUCCUACAAUUGUUAAAAUAACCAUUUGCCAGUCAUAUGUUAUGGUGAGGAAUUCACCUAGACUGAGUUACUCAGAAAAAGUAUAUAAAGCAAUACAAAAGUAUUUCAUCUAGUCCACUUUUUAGUCCUCAUUAGGGACAUAGGCCUGCAUGCGUUUACUAAAUGAAGGAAAAGUUCAUACGUACAUAAUGUAAGUGCCAAAUGAUAUUAAAAUUUCGGGGAAAAAUUGCUGAAUUGCAUUACAGAAGACCAUGUGUCUGUGUAAGACUUUCGUUGAAUUGCAAAUGGUAUCCUAAUGCUUCGAUUGCAAAUCACUAAAAUUAAUAUAACAGGCACAGAAAAUGCCAGUCUGAAACAGUUUCAUACAUAAGAAGUUGGAUUCCGGUGAACCAGAGCAUUGCAACUUAUCUCAGCCUAGUUAAAGGGAAUAUAAUGCAAAAACAUGUUGAACCAAAGAGCGUACAAUUUUCCCUUAGACUCAAAUCAGGAGGAAUAAUGACACAUGCAAAUAGUGGAUCACCUUGGGAGGCAACAGUCACAGUGACAGCAGUAAACACACGUAGUUGUUUAUUUGUUUUUCACCCUUUAUAGUGCUCAUCAAGUUAAAGCCAUUGUUUCACAGAUACAAGAUUAAUUUACACAUUAAAGUAUGCGUGUAUAUAUGUAUGUAAUGCUUUUAAGCUAUACAAAACUUCAGAAGCUAGUAUACAGAGAUUACAUUGAGUUGCUGACAUCUGCAGUUUCAAAAGUGCCACGGGGAAAGUGGGAUCCCCCAAAAGGGGUACCUGUUUUAUUUACAUGUAGUUUGUUUUCCCAUUCAACAACACCCUGGGUCAUUCCAUUGCAAUUUGUACACACGAUAGGUAAAUACAUUCCAUCCAUGGCGUACCUAUUCCACAUGUUGGGCCAAGUAAGAGAAAGUAAGUUGAUAUUCAGAUCUUUACCUUUAUCGUUUUCGAAGCCGCAUCUUUCUUUUUGAAAAUUUCCCCUUAAAUCCACGUAUAUACACUUAAAUUCAUUGCUGGUUUUUUAGCUGGUUCGGCAGUUCAGCAGAACCAGUAUUGUAAUCGUUCUGGUUUUUUUUUCUUUCCUUUUUUUUUUCUUCUUCUUCAGCCAAAUUUUUCUACCCCUACACUUCGGCACCUAGGAAAAUCAGAACAAUUUCAAACUUGGAGGAUAGUUGUGUGAUCAUCCAAGGACGGUCCUAGAAGAAAUUCACAGU